AUGCUGCCUCAGUACUGCUCUCCCUACAAUGCCGAGAAGCGCCGUUUCAAUGAGGAGCAGAUUCUCGCUGCGGGUGGCAAGGAAGGCGCCGCCGCCCCAGCAAUGCCAAUGCCCCCUGCCUACAGAGAUAUGGACCUGAUUCUGUUUCCGGAGGGGAGCCUGAAGGACUCGAAUGGCAACGUGGUGUCCCAGCAGCACCUCAUAGGCAAAUCUGUUGGUCUUUAUUUCGCGGAUGGCAGCAGCCCGAAGUGCAGCAGCUUCCUGCCGUUCCUUUUGCAGUUUUACCGCACGGUGAACGAGGGAGGCUCUCACCAGAAGAUCGAAGUGGUUUUCGUGUCAGCGGACAAGGACGAGAGGGCUUUUCAAGAUCACGUUAAGCACAUGCCUUGGCUCGUCAUUGACUUCAACGACCCCCUGAGAACGAUCUUGCUCAGACACUUCAGGGUUGAGAAGGAAGCUAGUGUGCCCACCCAAGGCCAGGGCCCUCGCGCUGGCGUCCCCUCCUUGGUGGUUGUUGGCUCUGACGGGCGGGACGCCCAGUUCCUCCAAGUUAGUGGGGGCAGAGACGAAGGAGAAAGAGCCUUGCUCAGAUGGGACUGGAGAAACACGAAGUUUGGAGCUGACCGGUUUCUCGUACGCCGUGAAGGCUAA